AUGGCUCCUAUAGAUCCGAAAGCUUUAUUGAACGCUAUUGUGAACAUGUUAACCGCAGAUGGUGAAAUAAAAAAUAUUAAAACCGUAGCGUCGUUUCUUACUUUGAUGAAAACUACCGAAAAAUUAGUGAAUAAAGCAAUUUAUCUGGAAAUUUUGAAUGUCACGGUAUGUCCAGACAUAAUCAACAAAUUUUUACAGUGUGGCGGAUGUGAUGUGUUACAUAAAUGGUUGUUGAAAUUUAUCGAGGAAAAUGAUCGUGUAUUUCUUCUUCAAAUAUUAUAUUUGCUCAAAAGAUUACCAUGUGAUUGUGCAUUACUAGAAAAAAUUCAAUUACCACAUACGAUAUUCAAUCUUGCUUCAAAUUCUGAGGAUAAUGAUAUUCGUGAAAUAGCUAAUAGUUUAAUUCAAUCUUGGUCUGAUAAAGGAUAUUCUUUUCCUGACAUAAUUAACCAAGAAACAACUUCAUCAGAAGCUAGUUCACGGUCAAAUGAAGAGGUGACGAAUGAAUUGAAAAUUUUGGAAAUAAAUGGUGAUCAUCGUUAUAAGAUAAAGGAAGAAGAACAACAACAAAAAAACCUAUUAAAUUCUUCGAAAAAACAUAAAUUAAUCCAUCCUGUUGCAGAUGUCACGAAAACAAUGCCAAAAGAUGAUGUUGGUCCCGUUCUCAUAUUAGAGUCGUCAACGGCCCACACCUCAUCCUUAAUUAGAGAAAGUGUAGAAAACAGAUCUCCCAAACAUCGAAAAGUGACUAACCGCCGAAAACUACAACAGCGUGAGAUGAGUGACAAUACAUCACCACCUAGAACAAUAAAAAGUCAAACAAACAAUUUUUUGAAACGUAUUCCAUCUGAAGAACAUUCAUCUUCGUUGACAAAUAAUAAUAAUAGCGAUAUAAAUUGUGUAAAUAGUUUUACAACUACUAGUGUUAGUACUAAUAGUUCUGGCAGCAUUUCCGUGGAUUCUGUUGUUAAAAAUCCUCUAGAAAAAUUAACUAUGCGAACGUUUCGUAUACCUAAAUUGGCAAGACCGCCCAAUUCUACUGAUUCUUCAUUAUCACCACCCUAUGUUUCACAAUCACUAUCUCCAUCUUCGACAUUAGAAAGUUCAAACGAUAAUUCACCAGCACCUUUGUUGCCAUUCAAUCGUCAAACAUUGUCAAAUGAUGACUCUAAUCAGCAAUCAAAACGAAAAUUUUCUCUUAGUCAAUAUAAUGAACGUAAACGUUUAAAAAAUGGAAUACAAUCACCGCCAGCAACAUCGACGAUUACACAAUCAACAACAAAUACUGACACAGAUUUACGUUCAAAUGGAAAAAAACGUCUAUCACCUGAUAAACAAUGUAACGGAGAAAUUACUCCAUUUUAUGCCGAUACAUUACCGCAAUCAAAUUCUAACAAUAAUGAUCAAUCAAAAUCUCCGAUGCACAUGGACGAUGAAAAAAUUGUUGAAGAUGGUCUUCCAACGGAAAAAAUGUUUAUUAACGAUGAAAGACUGUCAUCACCCUCACAAUUACAGUCGAUUGAAACUGAUAUUGUGAAUCCGACGAAAGAUGAUAACGUUCGAGCGACAGAUGAUACCCCUUCAAGCAAAGAUACAGUUUAUAAAAGCAAUUUAAGUGAGCCGGGUGCAAAAAAAGUUACGAAGAAAAAGGUUGUUUGGGCUGAUGAAAAGAGUUACGCAUUAGUUCAAACGUCUUUCUUUGAAGUAGAAGAUAGUGAAAUGGUACAUAUGAGUGCGCGUGGUCUGGAUAAAAAUAUAUCUAUUUCACAAUUGGAAAAACUAAUGGAAAGAGAUUUUAAACGACGUAUUGGUGCUGGUCAGGGUGUAUCGCCUUAUUCGAUGAGUGAAUUAAAUGAUGAUAACGAUAAACCACCUUUGAAUUUAAAACGUAUAAUUAUACCAGAUACAAUACCUCAAAUAACAAUUAAUAGUCAAGAACGUUUAAUACAAGAUGAGAGAGAAAAAACUGUAUUACAAGCAAUAUUUAUAUCACGAUCAUUUCUACCCGAAAGUGCGAGUGAACCAGAAAUUGAAGUUUGUGAACGAAGUGAACCAAAAACCAUACCAUUUGACGAUGUCAAUACAUCGGUGCAUAAUCAAACAUCAUCAAAUGGCCCCAAAUUGUUGAACAUUAUUCCACCUGCAACGACAAUUAAUCCAAUUGUGCCAUCAUAUGAUCCAGUGGGAGAUAUUCUCCGUAAUGCUUACAGCAAUGUCCAUGGACAUCUAGCACCAUCAUCAUCCCUUACCAAUACCUCAUCGAGCUCAUCAACACCGUUAUCAUCUUCUAUAGCAAUCAAAGCUAACGAUAAUCUUUAUGAAACUGUCCAUUCACUCUUGGCCCAACAACAACAACAACAACAACAACAACAAGCGUCCCAGCCAUCACCAAUAAUUUCAACAGUUCCUUCGCCGAUUCAUCUUUCGACACCGUCCAUUGCAAGUAUUAUUUCAAACUUUCCACCACCACCACCAUUUCCAUCAAAUUUAUUCUUACAGCCGUUUAUUCGUCCACCAAUUGAUAUCAAUCCUGCAAAUCUGAAGCUGUUUCAACCACCUCAAGUAGGGAACUGUAGUAACCCACCUGUGAAUCCAAUGAGAAACAACAACAACAAUAAUAACAUAAACAAUAAUAAUAACAAUAAUAAUAAUAAUAAUAAUAAUAGUAAUAAUAAUAAUAAUAAUAAUAACAAUAAUACUGACACACUAACACCAAAUACUCGUCCUCCAGUGACGCCAUCUGUUCGUUUUGUGUCCGCUAUAGACUCAAAUACAGUCACUAGACAAAUGUCAUCAUCUGGUUCGAAUAAUAAUCGUUCUUCUCAAAACGGACCUUACAAUAAUAACAACAACAACAACAACAAUAACAAUAGACAAGGUCAUAACAAUAAUUACAAAAAUCGAAAUAACGAUAACAAUUAUCAUCAUCAACGAGGUCAUAAUAGUGAACGAUCACAUUCGAACAGCGGAAGAAAUAUAUUUAUGUGA